CCCCGCCGACCAUGAAGAAUCCGGUGCCACAAGCGGCCUCGCUGCUGCUGGAGAAGCUGCUGCUCCUCGUCCACAUCCGUCCAUUGCCCGCGGGCUCCGGCCGGGAAACGCCACCGCCUGCGCCCGGCUACUACGACACCAGCUGCUUCAAGCGAGGAGACCUGCUGGAGGUGCCCCGCACCCUCUUCAUCCACUUCGGCAUUUACCUGGGCGAGAACCGCGUCGCCCACUUGAUGCCCGACAUCCUGCCCUCCAUCACCGGCGACCGUCGGCAGAUCCAGCAGGUGGUGACCAACAAGCGGCUUAUCCUGGGCGUCAUCGCCAGGACGGCCAGCGUCCGGGUGGACACGGUGGAGGACUUCGCCUACGGCGGCAGCAUCCUGGUCAACCACAUGGACCGGCUCUUCGAGGACCAGGUGCUGGGCAGCGAGGAGGCGGCCCGCCGGGCGGAGAAGCUGGUGGGCGCCACGGCCUACAGCCUGCUCUGGAACAACUGCGAGCACUUCGUCACCUACUGCCGAUACGGAGCCCCCGUCAGCUUCCAGACCGACAAGUUCUGUGAGACCGUGAAGAUGAUUAUUCGGGACCAGAGGAGCGUCCUCGCGUCGGUGCUUGUGGGACUAGCGUCAAUAGUCUGCCUAGCUGUUGCAGAUAUGCAUGAGGAGAGUAAAGCUGCAGCAAACGGAUGUGGCAAGAUCCGAAGCGGUGCUCAAAAUGGGGCAGCUUUACUUGCCCUCAUGGAGAAGACUGGAUACAGCAUGGUUCAGCAAAAUGGGCAAAGAAAAUUCGGUGGUCCUCCACCAGGUUGGGAAGGUCCUCCACCACCUCGUGGCUGUGAAGUUUUUGUGGGUAAGAUUCCACGUGAUAUGUAUGAAGAUGAGCUGGUUCCUGUUUUUGAGAGAGCUGGGAAGAUCUAUGAGCUCAGACUGAUGAUGGAGUUCAGUGGGGAGAACCGAGGCUAUGCUUUUGUCAUGUACACCACUAAGGAGGAAGCCCAGCUGGCCAUCAAGAUUCUUAACAAUUAUGAAAUCCGUCCAGGGAAGUUUAUCGGUGUCUGCGUAAGCUUGGACAACUGCAGACUGUUUAUUGGAGCAAUCCCUAAAGAUAAGAAGAAAGAAGAAAUACUGAAUGAAAUGAAAAAAGUUACAGAAGGAGUGGUGGAUGUCAUUGUUUAUCCAAAUGCCACUGACAAAACUAAAAAUCGUGGCUUUGCCUUUGUAGAAUAUGAAUCUCACAGAGCAGCUGCAAUGGCUAGAAGACGACUAAUCCCAGGAACAUUCCAGCCCUGGGGUCAUACUAUUCAAGUAGACUGGGCAGAUCCUGAGAAAGUAGUUGAUGAAGAAACUAUGCAGAGAGUCAAAGUCUUGUAUGUGAGAAAUCUAAUGAUAUCUACUACAGAGGACAAGAUCAAAGCUGAAUUCAACAAGUUCAAGCCAGGAGUAGUUGAACGUGUGAAGAAGUUGAGGGACUAUGCUUUUGUUCAUUUUUUCCACCGUGAAGAUGCAGUUGCUGCUAUGUCUAUAAUGAAUGGAAAGUGCAUUGAUGGAGCUAGCAUUGAGGUAACCCUGGCAAAGCCAGUUAACAAAGAAAGUUCUUGGAAGCAGCAUUUUAAUGGUCAGAUAAGUCCCAGCUCUGAAAACCUCUUAGGGUUUCCUAACAAAGAAGAUGGUACUCAGAAAUCCUUGGGGAAACCAGCAAGUCUUUCAGUCCGUCUGAAUGGUCAGCACAGUCCAAGCCCUCCUGAAGUUGAAAGAAGUACAUAUCCCAUUUUUCCAGGAAUAAAGCUUACUCCAAUUAGCAUGUAUUCUUUAAAGCUGAGUCACUUCAGUUCUGCAGUAAUGCAUCUGGAUUAUUUUUGCCAUAAAAAUAGCUGGGCACCACCAGAAUAUUGCUUGUAUUCAACCACAAGUCAGGAUGGGAAAAUACUCUUGGUGUACAAGGUGCUCAUUUCUAGUAUUGCAGACGAUUCCCAGAGUUAUUUCAUGCCAGAAAAACUCUGUACAACAGUAGAAGAUGCAAAGGAAUUGGCAGCACAGUUCACACUUUUACAUCUAGCCCCUGAGCAAGCAUAUAUAACAUUGCUGUCCCUGAAUGCAGCAUGGUGGGAUAGUAAAGCCAACUGUACACCCUACUUGGUUUGAAUAUCCCUGAAGAAGAGGAGUUUGGAAUUUAUUGCUUUGGAUCUUGUAAUGAAAAGAAAAAGAACACCCCACUGAUACAUA